GCAGGGACUCAGAAGCGACUGAGGAGCUGAAGGACCGCUCUGUACUACACCAAUGAAUACAGGAGAGGUUAGAAAUCGCAGAUAGAUCCUGAAUGUUGCUGAAGGAAUACUACACAACUAUGGAAAGGCAGCAUUACUCAGCACAGGGAAAGCUCUGCAGUGAGACCAACGUCUGGAAAGCAGUUCGGUGAGGGGAGCUUUGGCAUUUUAUCAGGUCUGUAACUGGUCAGUGGCGUUGAGUCUUCCAUCAGAAUUCAGAACAAACUUUUCCAAAGGUUCAACUGUUGGCAGUUGGGUGAGGGUGAGGCUUGGAAGAGUCUGGCUCUGUUCCAAGGUGUGGUCAGAGCUUCAUGAACUGACUCUUUCUGUCAGGUGAGAGGUUGUCCAGGUGUGAGGAGGGUUCGCCCGGCUCCGCAGACCUUCUGACGUCCGAGCUGCACCCGUUAUAUGACUGUGUGAACAAGGACUGCUACAUGGAAGAGAAACCUUUCAAGUGUGAACUGUGUGACAAAUCGUUCUCGUGCUCAUCUCACUUUCUGAUCCACCAGCGCACCCACACAGGGGAGAAGCCAUUCACGUGCGAGGUGUGCGACAAAUCAUUCUCUCAGUCAUCACAUCUCCACAGGCACCGACGCAUUCACACGGGCGAGAAGCUGUUCAGCUGCGAGAUUUGUGACAAAGCCUUCACCCAGUUGUCCAAUCUCCUGGUCCAUCGGACCAUCCACACGGGAGAGAAACCCUUCAAAUGUGAGGUUUGUGAUAAAGCUUUCCCAACAUCGACGAGGCUUCUGAUACACCAGAGUAUUCAUACCGGAGAGAGUCCCUUCAGGUGUGAGUUGUGUGACCAAGCCUUUACACAGUCAUCGGCACUUGUGCAACACCGACGUGUUCACACUGGGGAGAAACCAUUCAAGUGUGAGGUGUGCGGCAAAUCAUUCUCACGCUCAUCUCAUUUUCGUGCACACCAACGCAUUCACACUGGGGAGAAACCAUUUAAGUGUGAAGUGUGCAAAAAAUCAUUCUCCCGCUCAUCCACGCUCCGUGAACACCAACGCCUUCACACUGGGGAGAAGCCGUUCAAGUGUGAGGUGUGUAAUAAGUGCUUUGCACAGUUGUCAGGCUUGGUAAGUCACCGUCGCAUUCACACAGGCGAGAAGAAAACAUUCACCUGCGAGGUCUGUCAUAAAGAUUUUGAGCAGUUAUGGAGCAUGUUGGAUCAUCGUCGCACUCACCCAAUGGAUAGCCAAGUCAAGUGUGCGACUGACUCCUCACACAGUCAGUAACACUCAUGCAGCACUGAUGCAUCCACACUGAGGAAUGGAUGUUUAAAUGUGAGAUGGUUCAUCAAAAGCUUCACAGUCAUCGUGAUUCACUUGUGAGGUGUGUGAUCCUUUGCACAGUCACUGAGUGAUAGUUGUGAAACAACGACAUUCAGACCAGGAGGGAACUGUUAACCUGUGAGACAUUUAACAAGGGCCUGUGAUAUCACUAGCACACCCACAGCAGAGAGAAACCAUUUACUUGUGAAAUGUGGGUCCGAAGGGUCACUUGCCGACGUUCCUGGUCCAUCAGAGGAUCCAGCCAAGGGAGGGAGAUUUACAACAGAAUUUUGCUGAAGCCUUCAAAUCUCCUGGGACACUAGCCGACUGACACAGGCGAGAAGGCCUUCCGUGACGAUUGUUCGUGAGGUAGUUUUCACCCAACUCUGUGCUCUCCUGAAGCACCAGAGGAUGUGUAUCAGUGGGGGACCGUUCAGGUGUGAGGUUUGAGAGGACAGUGCAUCUCCUGGUCCAUUUGAACAAUCACAGGGGGAGAAAGUUUACUUGUGUUAUUUCUGCAAUGAAGCAUUGAUACUUUGGGACCAACACCAAAUCCACACGGGGACAAAUCCUCCCAGUGUGAUGUGUACCAGAAUUGUUUUACCCUCUGCUCCGUUCUUUGGCACACACUGACAACUCGACACAAACAUGGAGCCAGAUCACUUGUUUCUGUUAAACAGAGAAUUGUCUGUUGUUUAGCCUCUAGUGCUUACACAGGAGAACUGUUAUUUCACAGCAUUGUCUGUCCUAGUUAUGUGUCUCUCAAAAUGCUCCCAACAUCGGUCCAAUUGUGUCAAAAUGCUGAUUUAAAUUUUAACCGGCAAUACACAAUCUGCAUAAAGUCAGCAUCUGCUCAGUGUAGAAUCAGGUAGGAGUCACUUGCUGAGUCUCCGUCUGGCCAAGAGGACAGUCAGAUACUCAGUUGUUACAAACAGUUCAGCUUCUGAUCUACCAGAAGAACCAUCUGGGAUGGAUAACGUUCCAGCGGGAGUAAUUGGGUACAUGAAUGGGAAAGAUUUAGAGGGAUAUGGGCCAAAUGCAGCCAAAUCAGACUAGAUGAAUCUAGAAUGUCUGAUUGGCAGGGACCAGUUGGCUAAAGGGUCUGUUUCCGUGCUGUACAUCUGACUCAAACUCAUUUAACUUUAGCAUCUCUGGUGUAUGGAGGGAGAGAAUCAGUCAGGAAUCCUGUUUCACAGCAGCUAUACCAAUGGGGAAAUCAGGGAAAAGGGCAGGAUAUGUCUCACAUUGUUCACUUUCUGGGUCUACAUAUGCUGAAUGGCCCCUCAAAGUCAUCAAUGUCACCAGUCUGUCCUCUCGCUGAGAACUGGAGGGAAUCAGCCUGCGUUUGUAGAGCAUGUUGAGAUAGUAAACCUUCCCCAAAAUGUUUCAUCGAGACGCAAUCAAACAAAGUAACACCAAGACAGAAAAAAGGGGAGUCAAGGAGAGAGAAAGAUUCAGGGAGGAUUAAGGAGGGAAUUGUACAUUAUUGGUUGGGAGUGGAUGUGUAGGAAUGUACUAUUGGCCAGAACGUAAGGUUUCCAGAGAACUUGGAGAAAAGUAGGACAAUAAGUGUCUGAGACAGUGAGGCCAUGGAGUGAUUUAUACUUGAAUUUUUAAUUGGAACCACAGGGGAUUGCGAGCCAGUGUCGGCCAGUGAGCACAGAUGUUAGUUUGUACCGAGUUUUAGCUGACCUGAAGUUUAUGGAGGAUGGCAGAUGGCAAGCUGCACAGAAGGACCUUGGGAUGGUCUAGUUUAGAAACAACAAGAAGCAAUGAUAAGGAUUUUAACAGCAGAUGGAUUAAUGUGGCAUGUUAUUCUAGUUAGGGAUAAGGGUGAUCUUUCUAACAGAGAUGGCAUCGGGUGAGAUUUGCCACUGGAUUCUGAAGAGGAUGGCACUGACUAACUGAUGGAGCUGAGAGCAGAGAGAGAACAAUCGAUUGGAAUUCAGGGCAUUGUCCCCUCAGCCUGUUACCCCACUCACUGAGAUCACAACUAAUCUCGAUCUUAACUUGACAAACCUAUUUUGGCUCUUUAUCUAUUCAUCGCUUAAUAAUAAAUCUUUCCCUGACUCCAAGUUUCCACAAUGUUUGUGGGGAAAGAGUUCCAAAUUUCUAGUCCCCUUUUGAUGAAGAAAUGUUUUCUGACAUUACCCUUGGACAACCUCACUCUAAUUUUAAUGCUGCUCCCCCUCAUCCUGCGCUCUCCCAGCAGAGGAAUGGUCUAUCUCCACCUCCUCUAUCAUACUAACUUAAGCAUCCCAAUUAGAUGACCUCUUAUAUUUCAAAUGUCAAACUCAGUAUGUCAGCCCAACCUCAUAAUUAAACCCUUUUUAAUGCAAGGAACAUUUCUGGGGAAUCUAUAUUGCAUUUCCUGUCAGGUUAUUAUCCUUCUUACUGAGGGGCAACUGAACACAGCUCUCCGGAUGGGGUCUAAACAGAGCUCUGUACAGCUGAACACAACCUUCACAAGGACACUGUUGUAUAUGGUGAGGGGAAGUUGCAGGUUACCUUUUAUCUUCAGGAUGGUUGAGGAGCAAUGAGCAGGUUUAGCAGAGGAAGCAGGUCCAGGAGAGUGUGAUGUGAUCAUGUCAGAUCUGGGGAAAUGUGGAAAGAUCAGUUGUACACCAGGUACACUCAAAACUCAAAUCUCCAGAAACCAGGAGACUGACCGGGAUAAAGGAAGUGAAGGCAAUCUUUGGAAGAAGGCACUGGAGGUGAAAAUGAGGAAGCAGUUAGCUCAGAUCACUGGGGACAGGAGGACUGUGCUGAAUGGAGGGUCAAAGGGCAAACAGCUCAGAACUCAAACACACUCCAAUUCAACUGAAGGAAUAGGGUUUGUGCAGAAAUGGGAACUGAUUUAUCGAUUUGUGACUCUCACCAAAUGUGACUGUUUAUAUUCAACAAACCUGCUUCGUUUAUGCCAGUAAAGUUCAGAGUAAUUUUUGAUGACUUGAAUUGGCAGCUGGAUUAAAGGCCGAGGGUGACCAGGAUUGUAAAGACUGGAGUACUCUGAGAGUUUAAUAUUACCUGACUGUGAAUGGGUAAGGUGUCCCAUCUUUCAGUUGGAUUAGAAUCAGAUCUUACUUUGUUAUUUCAUUUUAUUUGUUCAUAGACGUGAAAUGUGAACGGCCAGGCCAGCUUUGUUUAAUCAAGGACGGGAUUUAUUGCUGUCCCUAACUCUCCUAGUGAGCUAUUAUCUUGAACUGCUGCAAACCUUCAGGUGCAAGAAUACUCCGUGAAAGGAAGAGAGUUUGAGGAUUUUGACCCAGCGCCAGUGAAGGAACAACAGUAUAGUUCCAGGUCAGGAUUAUAAAUGCCUCGGAAGAUGAUGUUCCCAUGCAUCUUUUGCCCGUGUCCUUCUCAGUGAUCGAAGUCACAUGUUUAGAAAGUGUUAUCGCGGGAGCCUUGGUGACUUUCUGCAGUGCAUCUUGUAGAUGGUACACACGGCUGCUACUGAGUGUCAAUGGGGGGAUGGAGCGGAUGUUGCAGCUCCAAGGUAGUGUGUCAAUUGAACAGGUUGUUCUGUCCUGCACGGACCUGGUGCAGGAGUUAGAGCUAGUUCUGUUGCUCAACUCUUCAGUCCCAUUGCUGGAAUGUUGACAGGACCCAGGGCUUUUGCAUUAUUCAGGUUUUCACUUUACCUUGAUGUGGAAUGGAGUGAAUUGAAUUGGUAGGAGACUGGUGUCGGUGCUACUGCAGCCCUCCAGUGUGGGUUGAGAUGUCGCAUGCAUUCGCCAGUUCUGGCUGAAGAUGGGUCCGGAGGUUUCAGCCUUGCCUUAAGCACUGAUGUACUGGGCUUCUCUGUCAUUGAUACGAGGGAGCCUGCAGCUCCAGUGAGUUGUUUAAUUGUCCCCCACCAUGACCACUGGAUGUGGCAGGACUGUAGGCCUUUGGUCUGAUAUGAUAGCUGCGGGAUUGCUUCCUGGGACUAUUGCAUGUUUCCUCUGCUGUUUUUCAUGGCAGGAAAUUGUGUGCAGUAGCUUCAUUAGGGCGACCCUUCAUUGUUCGGUCUGCUUGAUGUUGCUGAAGGCUUGCUCUCCUCCACCCUUUGUUGAAGCAGGGUUAAUCUCCUGAGUGUGAUGGGAGAGUGGGGAAUGUACCAGGCUGUGACAAUCCUGAUUGUGCUCAAACACAGCUCUGUUGCUGAUGACCCACAGCCCUCAGGGGUAAUCUGGUCCCAGCCUGUCUCAUUCAGCACAGUGAUACUGCCACUCAACAUCGUGAAGGGUGUCCUCAGUGGGAAGGAAGGACUUCAUCUCACACAGGACUGCUUCUCAGACCAAUAUUGUCACUGACAAAUGUGCCUGCCCGUUGGAUUGGUGAGAGCGAUCUGAAGUAGAUAUAUCCCUUUCGUUCUCCCUGUUUGCUGCAGAUCCCACUGAGCAGCUGUGUCCCUGAGGACCUUGCCAACUUGGUCAGUCAUGGAGCUGCUGAGCCACUCUUGGUGAUGGGUAAUGAAUCCACCACACCCCCCCACUACCCCCUCCCCGCUCUCCGGCCAGCACGCUCCCAGGGACGGUGAUGGUGUUGUCUGAGACAUUGAGGUGCAAUUCUGUGAUUAUGAUUCUGUCCAACUUUUGCUGGAAUAGUUUUUGAGACCGUUCUCCCAACUUUGGCAUCAGCUCCCAGAUGGUUGUGAGCUGCCAGAGGAGGUGGUGAAGACUGGCACAAUUCCAAUAUUUAAAAGGCAUCUGGAUGGGUAUAUGAACAGGAAGGGUUCAGAGGGAUAUGGGCCAAGUGCUGGCCAAUGGGACUAGGUUAGGUUAGGAUAUCUGGUCAGCAUGGACAAUUUGUUUCCGUGCUGUACAUCUCUAUGAUUGUGUUAGUAGAAGGGAGACUUGGCAGAGACAGGGCUGAGUUUCCUGCUGUCGUUUCUAGUGCCUUGUUGCGUCCAGUCUCAUUUCUGAGUUAGACUUUCUCCGGGUCGAUACAACUGAGUGACUGACAGGAACCCUCUUCAGAAAAUUGUCCAGAGUCACAUGUAGGUCAGGCUAAGGAAGGACAGCAGAUUUCCUUCCCUAAAGGAUAUUAGUGAACCAGAUGACUUUUAUGACAAUCAACAAUGGUUAGUUUUUAAUUAAAACUUCAUUGAAUUCAAACCAACGCCUCCCGAACCUUGAGCUGGGGCUCUGGGUUCCUGGUCUAAUGACAUUACUGCUCCACCAUCACAGAGAUUAUGGGCAGAUCCUCUGGUCUGCUCUUUAGUCAGUAACAAGUCCAGGCAGUGGGAUGUGGAUGGGGCUGUUGUGCCUGACUAUCAGCGUCUCCUUUGUGGUUAUGUCCAUGGCCUGGUUUGUUUGGAGACAGCACACAGUGUCCAUUGGGAUGGGUCAGGCCUUCCAUUAAUGGUGGGAGCUCCAGGCUGGUGUACGUCAUCCUUCUGACUUCACCAUCGUUUCAAUGUUUACAGUUCCUUUUGGAAUGUUGAUUUUUCUUGAAGUGUCCCUUCGGGACUGUCUGCCGUCAUCUUUUUUUGAAACCAUGAUUUAUUCAAACUCAUCGAUCCUGUUCUGGUGAUGGGCAUUUCACUAACACCAUGUGUAACGUUUGUGUUCUCCUGUGUAUGGUGAGGGAGUAGGGGUGAGACUGCACAGAUUCCCCCAGCCUGUCAGAACUCAAUGUAAAAAUGGUUUGCCCCUUCCAAAAUUAAUUUCCUGUUUUGGGAAGACCUUGUGUUAUUUUAGUUGAUUCAAAGUUUGGUCUAUUUUAAAUAUUGUGAGGUUGUUUGCUGCUUUAUCGAUCUUCUGAAAAUGUUAUAUCUCUCAUUAAAUUCACUUAUUUUCCUGUUAACCAAA